AUGAGUUCGACAUCAUCAUUAACGCCAUCACAGAUUGAAACCCUUAAAAAGGUUAAGCCCAAUGGCACCCCAGAACCAUCGCUGUUUGAGAAGCACUUGUCGGAGAUCACUAGCAAGGUUCAUCAAAUUGAAGAGGGUCAUCCUGAAGCCAUAGAGAAGGAUCAGAACUGGUCGAGACCUGAAUUGCCCUCAGAUUUCAAUCCUCAAACCACUGACGUUCAUUUUCAACAAUUAGACGCUGAAGAGAACAACAAUACGCAUUUCACAACAGCAAGGUUCUUUGGUGUGACGGAGGAAGGGUAUUCGGUGUUGUGUAAUGUGAUGGGGUUUGUACAUUACUUUUACUUGCCUGUUCCCAAGGGCUUCCAAAAGCAAGAGCACAUGAACAAGUUCUUCAACUAUUUGAAGUCAUCCUAUGAAGGAGUCCAUAGCAUUGAGAUCACUUCCAAGGAAUCGAUUUGGGGGUUCAGCAAUAAUGUGGCCAGUCCCUUCUUUAAAAUCUUUGUGGAUAACACCAGAAACAUCACCAAAUUAAGAGGUGCUUUUGAAAGAGGUGAAAUCCAAUUUGAAGGUCUAUUCCCACCACAGAACAUCACGUUUGAUAAUAUUAAUUAUCUCUUACGGUUAAUGGUGGAUUGUAAAAUCACAGGGAUGUCUUGGAUAACCUUACCCAAGGGUAAAUAUACUGUAGUGACAAACCCCUUGAAUCAUAUAUCUCGAUGUCAAUUGGAAUGUUCCAUUGACUAUAAGGAUUUGAUCCUGCGUCAACCAGAAGGUGAAUGGUCUAAAAUUGCUCCCUUAAGAGUAUUAUCCUUUGAUAUAGAAUGUGCUGGUAGAAAGGGGAUUUUCCCUGAACCAGAACAUGAUGCCGUGAUUCAAAUUGCCAAUGUUGUUUCUAAAUAUGGGGAGAAACAUCCCUUUGUUAGAAACGUAUUCACAGUGAAUUCUUGUUCUCCAAUCAUUGGAUCCCAAAUCUUUGAACAUGAAAGAGAAGAAGAUAUGCUUCAAAGUUGGCUGGAAUUUCUUAUUAAAGUUGAUCCGGAUGUGAUCAUUGGUUACAAUAUUGCCAAUUUUGAUUUCCCUUAUCUUUUAGACAGAGCAAAGCAACUUGGAGUUAACAAAUUCCCAUUUUUUGGAAGACUUUUAGGCAUUAAAAAUGAAUAUAAGGACUCCGUGUUCUCCUCACGUGCAUAUGGUACCAGAGAGAAUAAGGUGGUUAAUAUCGAUGGUAGAAUGCAAUUUGAUCUUUUACAGUAUGUUCAACGUGAAUUUAAAUUGAGAUCUUAUACUUUAAAUUCAGUUUCUGCUGAAUUCCUUGGGGAACAAAAGGAAGAUGUUCAACAUUCAAUUAUUACAGAAUUACAAAAUGGUAAUUCAGAAUCAAGAAGACGGUUGGCUGUUUAUUGUUUGAAAGAUGCUUAUUUACCUUUAAGAUUAAUGGAAAAGUUUAUGUGUCUUGUGAAUUACUCAGAAAUGGCAAGAGUUACCGGUGUCCCAUUCUCUUACUUGUUAUCCAGAGGUCAACAGAUUAAAGUCAUCUCUCAACUCUUUAGGAAAUGUUUGGACGAAAACAUCGUUAUCCCGAAUAUGAAAUCAGAGGGUCAGGGUGAUGAAUAUGAAGGUGCUACAGUCAUUGAACCUCUGAGAGGAUAUUAUGAUGUUCCAAUUGCAACUUUGGAUUUCAGUUCGUUGUAUCCUUCUAUCAUGAUGGCCCAUAACUUAUGUUAUACCACCUUAUUGAGUAAACAAGCAAUUCAAGCAUUCAAUUUAGCUGAAAAUGACUACGUCAAGACCCCAAAUGGUGAUUAUUUCGUAAAGGAACAUAAAAGAAAGGGGAUCUUACCAACCAUUCUUAGUGAAUUGUUAUCUGCUAGAAAGAGAGCCAAGAAUGACUUGAAGAAUGAAACAGACCCCUUCAAGCAAGGUGUAUUGAAUGGUAGACAACUUGCUUUAAAGAUCUCUGCCAAUUCUGUCUAUGGGUUUACUGGUGCAACUGUUGGUAAAUUGCCGUGUCUUGCGAUUUCAUCAUCUGUGACAGCUUUUGGUAGAGAAAUGAUUGAAAAGACAAAGAAUGAAGUUCAAGACAAAUAUUCUAUCAAAAAUGGGUUCCCCUAUGAUUCUCAAGUUAUUUAUGGUGAUACUGAUUCUGUAAUGGUUAAAUUCGGGUUCCCAGAUUUGGAAACUUGUAUGAAAUAUGGAGAAGAAGCCGCUGAAUAUGUUUCCACCAAAUUCAAGAAACCAAUCAAGUUGGAAUUCGAAAAGGUUUAUUUCCCUUAUUUGCUUAUCAACAAGAAGCGUUAUGCUGGAUUGUAUUGGACCAGACCCGAUAAAUUCGAUAAAAUGGAUACCAAAGGUAUUGAAACAGUUAGAAGAGAUAAUUGUCGAUUGGUUCAAAAUGUUAUCACCAAAGUACUUCAAUUAAUUCUUGAAGAACGUAAUGUUGAUAAGGCUCAACGAUACGUCAAACAAACCAUUGCAGAUUUGCUUCAGAACAGAAUUGAUUUGUCUCAAUUAGUGAUUACUAAAGCUUAUUCCAAACAAGAUUACGCUGCCAAACAAGCACACGUUGAAUUGGCAGAGAGAAUGAAAAAGAGAGAUGCUGGUUCUGCUCCAACAUUAGGUGAUCGUGUUGCCUAUGUUAUCAUCAAGAACUCUUCAAGUGAAAAGAAUUAUGAUAAAUCAGAGGAUCCACUCUACGUAUUGGACAAUUCAUUACCUAUUGAUGUCAAAUAUUAUUUGGAAGGCCAACUAUCAAAACCUCUUGAAAGAAUUUUCCAACCUAUUCUUGGAGAAUCAAAGACUAAAGAAUUAUUGGAAGGUAGUCAUACAAGAAUCAUUAAGAUGUCAGCACCCAAAAAGGGUGGUCUUAUGAACUUUGUAAAGAAGACAGAGGUUUGCAAAAACUGUAAAACCCCAUUGAAACUGGGAAAUAAAGGUGCCUUAUGUGAAAAUUGUGUGGACGAUGCUCCUCAAUUGUAUGGUGAUGCACUUUCACAAAUGAAUUAUUUGGAAACAAAAUUCUCCAGAUUAUGGACAGAAUGUCAAAGAUGUCAAGGGUCUUUGUAUCAAGAAGUAUUGUGUUCUAAUAAGGACUGUCCGAUUUUUUACAUGAGAAAGAAGGCCGAAAAGGACGUUCAUCAAAAAUCUUUAGAAUUAGCAAAAUGGGAAGAAACAGUUUGGUAA